CCAAUGUCAAAAUUUUCAGAAAAUAUGCUCCAGCCUACCUUCACCCGAACACGGCCGUAAAAGUCGCCCCACUUCAGGGUUCUAAACCUAUCGAAUAUGUUUUUCAGUAGACUUCAUCGGCGGAGAAGCUUCAGAUCGUUUACAAAAUUUUAUCCAAUAAUCGUCAUUGGCGUGCUGUUAUGGGGUGAGUGGCUGAAUUAUCGCUACUGGAGACUCUCAUGGAACAUUGCUCGUCCGAAAGCCGCGGAAUCGUUAGGAAUUCUCAUAGUUGCUGAUCCACAGCUGGUCGGCUUCAAGAAUGAGGACCAUAUGUGGGGGCCAGUGACCAGAUGGGAUUCCGACAGAUAUUUAUCGAAAGGAUUCUCUCAUGCACUUGCUGCUACCAAACCCGAUCUGAUCAUCUUUCUUGGCGACCUUUUUGACGAAGGUGUGGAAGCUAGUGAGACUGAGAUAGAUUGGACUACUACCCGAUUUUUCAACAUUUUCGACACAAAUAUCCCAAAAAUCUACAUCAGCGGAGACAAUGACGUUGGUGGUGAAGGGGAUCCUGUACAGAGCCAUUUAACCACCCGUUUCAAACGUAUUUUCAACAGCACAUUUCCACAUGGACAUCCACUGUUCGAUCGACUUACCAUUUCAGAGGUCAAUCUCAUGAAUGGUGAAGUCGUGGACCACCUUUUUGCUUCUUCUACGCCGAAGCUCAGCGUUAUUCUGAGCCAUGUUGCAUUUUCGACGUUUUCCUACCACGAAUCAAAUAGCUUUUUGAAAAGCAUCGAGCCCGACCUCAUUCUAAGUGCCCACGAUCACAGGGCGUACAUCCACCGUAUACCUCGCGCAGUUCAUCAUAGUGGAGGGCAGGUGUCAAGUGAAUUAACUGGAUCGCGUAAAAUAGAAAGUUUUUCUAUUGGAGAAAUUGAACCGGUUCUGGAAUUGCAGUCGCCCACUUGCUCGUACAGAAUGGGAGUGCUCGACGUGGGCUAUGGUUUCGCCAGGCUGGAAUAUCUUCCAGAGGAGAAAAAGUUUACUGCAUCAUACUCUGUUCUUUGGUUAGCUAGUCGUUUUUACACUUUAACACUUUACGCAAUCACUGGCGUGCCAAUCAUGUAUAGCUCCUACAUCAUCAUGCCAUCUGCUGCUUACCCUCGUUCUUAUGUGAUGUAG